AAAUACAUAGAUCUUUCAGAUGAUGUCGUAAGCACUGUCCUCAGCAGAAGAGGACACGUGUCCUCCUAAAGAAACACCUAUCUUGAUACGUAAUUAUGCUUCAUAUCAUACAAUAGUCAUGGUCUAUUUAUUUGAGAGCUCCUUUCUCCCAUAAAGCCUGUUACUGGAAUUCCAAAUUUUGAGUUGCUACUCUGUGCCUGUGUCUCUCCAGUGAACUUUUGCCCCAUAAUCCUUUAUCAGAUAUACUAGCAUAGUGAAGUGGGAAAGAGGAAAAGAUGUCAGGCUGUUCAAAUUUCCAGUUGCUUUCACUUGCACUCUUACUGCUAAUAACAGUUCCAAGUUCACAAUCUCAAUUCACAGAAGAAAACGGUGUGAAAUCUGCUGUCUUUCUCUCACCAGUGUUUGUGCUGGAACCUGGAUCUGUCUCCAACAAGUUUUACUACAAUAUUGACUUCCCAAAAGGCCAUAUUGCUAUCAAAAAUUUCGAUGCUGAAGUAGUUGAUGAGGCAGGGAAUUCUAUACCCCUCCAUGAGACAUAUCUUCACCACUGGGUUGUUGUAAGAUAUUAUCAUCGAGAAGGUGUGGAAAUAGCAAAGUACCAUGGCAAUAUGGGGUUCCACCAAUCAGAUUUUAUUAUCAAGAGAAACUCAGGGAUAUGUGAUGGGGGUCUUUCUCAAUAUUUUGGCCUCGGGUCAGAGACCCGAAAAACAAUCACUUAUGUUCCAGACCCUUAUGGAAUAGAAGUCGGUAAUCCAGUCGAAGUACCUCCUGGAUACGAGGAGAGAUGGUUGCUCAAUGUACAUGCAAUUGAUACACGAGGUGCCGAAGAUAGAUUGGGAUGCACUGAAUGUAGGUGUGAUCUUUACAACGUUACGAAGGACGAGUAUGACCGAGAUAUAAAGCCAGAUUAUUUCGGAGGCUUGAGAUGUUGUUACGAUGAAACAAGAUGCAAGGUGAAAGACGGGUUCCAAGGACCGAGGAGAAGCCUGUACCUGAAGUACACAGUAAAGUAUAUUGAUUGGGAUGCCUCCAUUGUGCCUGUCAAAAUUUAUAUACUUGAUGUCACCGAUACAUGGAAAAAGCCGGAAACUUCAACAGCCACUGUGGCAAGACAUCACUGCCAGAUCGAAUAUUUAGUGGAGUCAUGUCCGGCAUCUGUGGCAAAUGUCCAUUGCACUCAUACAAAGAAGAUAAGUGUAACUUUUCCUAGUGGAGGAGAUGUCAUCUACGGAGUUGCUCACCAACAUACAGGAGGGACUGGUAUAGCCCUCCAUGGAGAGGAUGGACGUGUCAUAUGCUCAUCUCUUCCAAUCUAUGGGGAAGGAAAGGAACCAGGAAAUGAAGCUGGUUACAUUGUUGGGAUGUCCAGCUGUUAUCCUAGACCUGGCUCUAUCAAGAUUUCGGAAGGGGAGACUGUAACUUUAUUAUCAAACUAUAGCAAUUCCCAGAGACAUACAGGAGUGAUGGGGUUGUUCUAUCUCUUGGUUGCUGAACCAUCGCCAAAGCCUAGUUCUAUCCUGCAUUCCACAGAUGGAACAGGUGAGAUUGUAAUAUUACACAAUGCUGUUGGAGCUUUGGCACUGUUUGGAAUUGCACUACUUGUUGGUGCUGCUGUAAUUUAUCAACGUCGGAACCAAAGAGAGGAAGGCUAUGAAUCUAUAUGAUGUGAGGUUCUCUUUCUCUGGUCUGGGAUGUUUGGAGCAUCAUAUGUAAACUUUUACCCUUUUUCACGUAUAGAAGUGAUACAUCUCGACCUAGCACCUAUAACGUGGAACCGUUACAAGAUGAUAUCAAGGCAAAGGAGUGUUACCCCUUUUAUCCUACUUUCUUCUUAUUUCGUCUGUUUAUAUAUGUCUGAUAACUUACAAUAUUACCAAAGAAAAUAAAUUGCCAGUACUGUUGGUCA